CUUUCAGCAAACCUGAAGCGAAAAAUUCUUAUGGUCAGAGAUUACGCUAAAUUUUUAAACUUCCCUGAGUUCUUUCCUUUGACCUUUAUAUACAUAUAUAUAUAUAUAUAUAUAUCUUUACUCUUAGCAAAGAAAAUGGUAGUGGUAACCAUCUCGCUGUCUCAAUGUCAUCAGUUAAUUACUUCUUUUCAGUCGCUGACAUUCUUCAUUUUUGAGAUGAUUUUCAUCCGUUUGCCAAUGACCGGAGCCGUUACUAUGCUAAUCUGUAAAAUACCGAUGAACUUUCUCAUCACCUUUGUCUACGUACUCUUCUACUAUCUCAAUUAUGCCAUGAUUUAUUCUACGCUAGCUAUUUCACUUCUCAGAGUAACAGCCGUGCUCCGACCAAUAGACUCGAGUAAGGUAUGUUCCGGUAUUAUUUCUGUGUUGAUCUCGACCAGUUAUUCUUUCUAUAAUGUUCAUUAUUGCUCAUUGGGCGCCAACGAAAGCGUAGUUUACAACAUGGUUCCUAAUACCUGCGAUGGCGUUUUACACACCUAUUCUCGAUUCUCCACACGAAUCCGCAUCUGUUACCGUCUUCCCAGAGGUAAGCUAUUAUCAUCAAGCCGUCUUUAUGAAACUACUAAGUGA